AGGUCUAUGUACACAGCACAGUGCAGCAGUGCAGGAAUAAAAAAACAAAUCUUUAAUUUGUGUCUCUUGCUGUAGAUGUAUGAAAAGCUCCAUUCACAUUUUUCUUUCUGACAAAAGUGGAUAAAGGAUCUGCGAGAUUAAUUCAGAUUAUUUUGCUGUUGUACUUGAUUGAAGUUAAAUUGAUAUUCCAUUAACAUGCCGAUCUUGGACAAAAGAAAAAGCGACGAUAUCUUAGCGUUGGUGCCCGCUUCGAAAAGAACCAAGAAUGAAGUCGUCUUUAGCAACAGGGAAAAAGCGGUUAUUCAAAGCGGUCCACCACGGACGUCCUCCUUAAUGUCAAUGAUAAUGCUACUCGAGGGACACCAAGGGGAUAUCUUCUCCAUAGAAUUUCAUCCUGAAGGACAGUACCUCGCGUCUACAGGAUUUGAUCGACAAAUAUUUAUCUGGAAUGUUUAUGGAGAAUGUGAAAACAUUGGUGUCAUGACUGGGCACAGUGGUGCUAUAAUGGAAUUACAUUUUAGUCCAGAUGGCAAUCACUUGUAUACAGCUAGCACAGACAUGACAUUGGGCUUGUGGGAUAUAAUAGCUGGCACACGAAUUAAAAAGCUAAAGGGUCAUACUUCGUUUGUAAAUUCUGUAUCAGGUGCGCGAAGAGGACCCACACUGCUCUGUUCGGGUAGCGAUGACAGUACGAUACGUAUUUGGGAUCCCAGAAAACGGGGUCAGUGCUAUACGUUAAACAACACAUAUCAGGUCACUGCAGUGACGUUUAAUGAUACAGCGGAACAAGUGAUUAGCGGAGGUAUUGAUAACGACAUAAAGGUAUGGGAUCUUCGAAAGAAUGCUGUACUUUACAAGUUGAAAGGCCACACUGAUACCAUCACUGGAUUAAGUCUUAGUCCUGAUGGAUCUUACAUACUUUCCAAUGCCAUGGAUAACAUGCUGAAGAUAUGGGACGUAAGACCAUUUGCGCCCUAUGAGCGUUGUGUGAAGAUAUUAUCGGGACAUCAACACAAUUUCGAAAAGAAUCUACUCAGAUGUGCGUGGUCACUGGAUGGUAGCAAGGUAUCAGCAGGAUCGUCAGACCGAUUUCAUUAUAUCUGGGAUACAACGAGUCGUAGAAUAUUAUACAAGUUGCCAGGGCACAAUGGAUCUGUGAACGACAUCGAUUUCCAUCCAAAGGAACCUAUAGUGUGCUCAGGAUCUAGCGACAAACAAAUUUAUCUGGGUGAAAUUGAAGCUUAAUAACAUGGAAGUCGUACUCAUAAUAUCUAUGUAAAAAAAUAUGAAGAAAAGCAUUUUCGAAUAUCGGUAAUUCUUCUCUCGUUAGUAAUUAUUAAUUUUGAACAUUGAUUGUACAUAUUCUCAUUCUCCUUUCAAAGAUAAUUAUUGCUAAUUAAACACAGGACUCACAUUGAAUAUAUCCAUGUAUUUAUAAAAAAAAAUAAAAAAUGUCUUUGAAUAUUGAUAA